UUGGCAGGAUAUUUUAACACAAGUUCGCUGUUAUAACAACGGACCAUGGGGUUUCACAGUAUUCUCUUGUUUUAUAACAGUGGUGUGGACAGAAAUCUUAUCUAUAUUGACAAAUGUCGAAAUAAAUGAGUAAACGCAGUCCGUUCAUAUAAUGCUACCUCGUUUUUAUUUACUUUUGCGUGCCUUUACAUAUCUUGCUUUGCCCAAAUGUGCUAGAUGUUUAUGUAUUAUGUAUUACUUUUGCUGUUAUCUUACAUGUUUUCCUGUUGCUUCAUGUUUGUUUUUGUCGUAUUUUUGAAAAUGUCGGCCACCUGCCCCGCUCUCUAUAAUGCCCCAGUGUUUGCAGCAUCUGCAGUGAACGUGAUGGCUGCCCAGUCGGUUUCCAUAGACAAAUACUCAAAAGAAGAGCAGCAGAUGCAAGCUGUGGUAAAGGUAGACAGUGAUUCAGAGCAGAAGUUUCUUGAAGGGACACUGGCGGAGGUGCACAGCCCAGCACCAACAGAGCCACAGACACCCAUGGAUGCGGACAAAGCCUCAAUAUAUCGGCAUCCCCUGUUCCCGCUGUUAGCCCUGCUGUUUGAAAAGUGUGAACAGUCCACGCUGAGCUCUGAAUGCAUUACCUCAGCGAGCUUUGAUGUGGACAUUGAGAACUUUGUCCGAAAUCAGGAGAAAGAGGGCAAACCUUUCUUCAGUGAGGAUCCAGAACUUGACAACCUGAUGGUGAAAGCCAUCCAGGUACUGCGAAUCCACCUGUUGGAGCUGGAGAAGGUGAGUGACCUGUGCAAGGACUUCUGUAGCCGCUACAUUGCCUGCCUCAAGACUAAGAUGAACAGUGAAACUCUGCUGAGUGGGGAGCCAGGCAGCCCCUACUCCCCCGUACAAGGCCAGGCCCACAGCUUCUCACCCACCAAGACUCAGCAGACUCCCAACUCUAUCUCGGGGACCAUCAGUCCCCAGGGUCAAAUAGUGGUGCCAGCAUCAGCCCUGCAGCAAGGGAAUGUUACCGUGACAGCUGUCAACCCCACCCAGGUGGUCGCAGGUAUGUCACCAUGGCAUACAACCCCUCCCUCAGGUGGCACGGUUUAUCAGCCUGUUACAGUCGUCACUCCUCAGGGCCAAGUGGUAACACAGGCUCUUUCUCCCGGGACAAUACGUGUCCAAAACAAUCAGUCCAGAGGAAUAUUGAAAUAUAUUUUCCAAGACUCAAAGGACUUUGUCUUCUGGAGGCGCAGACAGUAUGGCCCAGAGCUGCAGCUGCAGUUUCACCAGGACUUGAAUCUCUUUAAUCACGACGACAACUCAACCAAGAACAAGCGUGGCGUCCUACCCAAACACGCCACUAACGUCAUGCGCUCAUGGCUCUUCCAGCACAUCGGACAUCCAUAUCCGACAGAGGAUGAAAAGAAACAGAUUGCCACACAGACAAAUCUGACACUUCUGCAGGUCAACAACUGGUUUAUAAAUGCACGGAGGCGCAUUCUGCAGCCCAUGUUGGAUGCCAGCUCCUCUGAGACGCCCAAAACCAAGAAGAAAACUCCUCAAAACCGGCCACUUCAGCGCUUCUGGCCUGACUCUAUUGCCACUGGAGGAGGCUCCCAGCAGCAAGUUACCAUGCCAGAUGGUACAAUGGUGACGAUGAACGUGGAGGGUCUGCAGAGCCUGACAUCAGACAGCGCAACGCUGGCAGUACAGCAGGUGAUGCUGGGAGGUCACAGUGAAGAUGAGUCGGGGGACAGCGGAGACGAGGAUGAUGACACAGACAUGGCCGGGCUGGCCCUGGACAACAGUGACUCACUGCAGUAGAGGAUACACUCCCUGACACACUGAUAAACACAUACAUACAAGACCUGGGACAUAGGUCUACAGAAUACUUGUGCAACAUGCAGUGAAUCAUAGUACAAACUGAUGCGUAUUAGGUUUACAUAGAGCACAAAACAACAGGACAUAACAUCAAAACUUUCAUUUCAGAAACCAUUUUUUAAUUAGUUGAUGUAGGCGAGUGCACUUUUUUUUGUAUAUUUAAGCUCAAAAAGAUUAAACAAACAGCCGAAAAAAAAAGAAGUGUUAAAAACACCUGAAGCAAGUUUGUGUGCUCCGUUAAUAAAUGUUGACUGAUUAAUGAUUUUUUUUUCUUGGCCCCGUUCCCCAUCCCCAAGUCUCGUUUGGAAUGCCAACACGUAGAAGUUGUAUCUGUAAGGGUUUGUCUUCACUUUUUGCAUGCUUGUGUUUUGAGUAGAUGUGCGUACUCUUACGACUGACUCCACGGUUCUCACACAAGCCCCUGAGGGCUAAGCAUAGCCCAAGUGGAGGGGGGAGGGGGGAGGAGAGAUGCUUAUUUUUAUAUACAAACAUAUAAAAUUAGUGGGGUUUUUGUUUCGUUUCUGUGUUCUCCUGUUUUGUAAGGAAUAUUUAUGUACAGAUUCAUAAUUAAAGCUAUCAACCCUGUUUUCCAGGGUUCUUUGAAGUUUUCUAAAAAACAGAAAAAGGAAUUGAAUGCUGAUGAAAAUUACUAUUUAAUUGGUUUUAAACUUGCAAUACUAACAAGGCCUUACCUAUGUUCUUUUCUAAAAAAUUCUUGCCAGAAAGCACAAAAACAGUCUGACCCUUGUUGAAAUUGGUCAAAAAGACACUAAAAUGCAGAACACUUGUGGUUCUGUGAAGCGUUGGUAAUUAUUUUCCACUGUGUACUGCAGCAUCAGUUCUCUUACGCUAUCUGACUGCAGUUCUCAAGAUUUUUUUAAAGACAGUUCCAGUUUUACUCGCAUUGUGUAUACCAUAUAUUGACAUCUUUUAAUCAUUAUACAGUAGUAGUGUAGGUGUCACUUUCUCAAAUGCACAAUCCAGAACACUAUGCUAAUCACACAAUCACAAAGGUCCGAGAUGGAAACCCCUGGGAUGGUAGUUUCCACGCUGAGCUAUGAACUGCAUCAACAGCAGGGGACUUUUUGCACGCUUUAAACCUUUAUUUAUGUACACAUAAAUGCUACUGUGUCGAAAACAGAGAUGUUGGAAAGUGUAACUCCUUACUUAUUUCUAGCCUGAAGGACUGGAACCAAGUGCUGCAGCCUGUCAAUCCCCCUGCCAUUACAGACACGUAGUGAACGAUCUGAAAUGUUUUAUCAAAUUAUUACUGCACAAAUUGAGGUGCCUCUUGUUUGAAUACAUCUAAUAUUGUACUGUACAAGAGUUGUCUGUCAAUAGUUGCAGUAAUCGGGAUUAUGUCCCUCUUGUAAAGUUGAGACUUGAAAUGGUUAAUUUCAUGUGGCCUGAGGGUGUAGAGACUCUGGGUGGGCCCUCGCUGGGCUCUCACCUCCUCGAUUGCAUCUGUCUUGCUUUCUAUGACGCAUUGUUCACUUUUCUUGUCUGUUUUGCCUUAGAGCUUUCUAUUUUGGAAUAAACAAUGCCUAACUCUA